GUUGUGCUUUGGGCAUUUCGUUCAGAGACUGAAACUUUCACAUCAAAAUGUAAAUUUUGGACUCAAUUUUGAGUCAUUUUUUGCCAUGAUUUCGCUAAUUUGUCAACAAAUAUGAACGAAGCUCUUCUUUCCAUUACUACAGCAGUUUUUGUUCACCAGAGAGAAGAAAAAAGAGAGAAAUCCCUUGUGUAGUUUUGGUUCCAGACGUUCUAGCUGAUAUCAGUGGUAUGAUUCGAGGUAUUUAAACCACGAAGAUUAGUGUCAAAUUUAAAGACGUGGAAAUUUAUGUUGAACGCCAUCAACAGUUCGAUAUAUUAACUUUUCAUUACAGUAUACUAACUUUGAGUCUAAUUUACGUGAAAUCCGAAGGAUUGGAGUAUUACAGCUAUGCAAAGUUAAAUAUUACUCAAUACAGCAAGUUGAAUAUUUCAUCUUUGUUUACGUUUUACAAAGAUCUGUACAAGAAGCUCAUCGGCUUUUAGCCGUAUUCUAGUUGCCUUUCCUAGCUUUACUCAUGUCAGAGGAGGUUAUAAAUGAUAUUAAUUCCAAUGGAUCGGACGUACAAAAAAAUUGUACGGACAAAAUGGAUUCUGAUAUAAAAGUCAGUAAAAAAGACCAAAGUUUUGAUGAAAAUAUUGAUCCAACAGAACACAACAAUCUAUCAAAUUGCAAUGAAAUAACCUCCUUGAAAACAGACGAGCAGACCUCGGAGAAAGAACAUGAGUUAAAGAGAGAAUUGAUAAGGAUCAAAGCCGAGUUAAAGGCAAGUUCGGAACGGGAAAAUGAACUCUCGACAAAAUUACAGAAAAUUGAUUUUCAGACCGUCAAAGUUGCUGAAUUGGAAAUCCUGAAUGAGGAGCUACGGGAACAAUUAAACGACUCCUUGAAAGAAUGUGGAUGUUUAAAACGAGAUUUAGAAAAUGUUAUUCAGGAGAAGAAAGAUCUUCAAAUUAAAGUUUCAUCGUCUAAUGAUGAGAACGAUACAAAUUACAAAUUACUUGAGGAAAAAGUAAAAACUUUAGAGACAAAACAUGCCGAUUGUGAGAAAGAAUUAACGGUCACAAAAGAUAAGCUUUAUGCUCAUGAUAUGGCAGCGAAGAAAGCGAUAUCCUCUCUUAAGAAAGAACUGACACUCAGGGUUGAUCAGGUGACCAAAAUGUAUGAAGAUUGUUUACGAGAGCGGGAUGGUUUGACGCAGAAGGUCUCUCAACUUACUGAAGAAAAACAAGAAAUUUCCAAGAUGCAAGAUGCAGUUGAUAAAAAAAUGUUGGAAAUGGCAAAGGAAAAUGAGAAACUACAGCAACUUGUGAAGAAAAUACAGGCAGACUACAAAUCAUGCCAGGCCUCGCUCCUUGACCAGGAGAAAGAAAUCAUUGAAAAACAGAAGGAAGUGGACAAAGUUCAGGAAGACAUCAAUGCACAUGUUGUUAAAGUGAAAUGGGCCCAAAAUAAACUGAAAUCCGAAUUAGAUGCGCAUAAGGAAACAAAAACAAAGUUGACGCAGACUUUGCAGAAACUGAAAGAGGCCAAGGAAGAAGGUGAACAGAUACGAGCAGAUUGCCAAGCAAUGAUAAAACAGUAUCAGGAGUCAGAAGAGAUGAAAUCAAUCUCCCUCGAUCAAGAGUUGAAACAGAAAGAGUCAGAGCUUCAGAAACGUCGGAUUUCCAGCGCAACACAAGACGAGAACAAUAAAAAUCUUUCACAAGAACUCAAUAAGAGGAAAGAAGAAGUUAAGAACUUGACCGAAGAGAAAAACAAUCUGAAUGCUAAGUUAAAAAAUUUGGACGAGAAAGUUGCCAAGUAUGCUCUCGCCAUCUCAACGUAUGAGAAGACGGUGGUGAAUCAGAGGAAAGAGAUUGAUAACCAGAUCACGAAGAUUGAAGAGUUAGAAAAGUUAAGAAGCCUUCUGUUCAAUUCUGAUGAAAGCAAUCAGAAACUGAUAAUGGAAAAAUUGCAGCUUACGGACACAGUUAAUGAACUUCAAUCGGAGAUGGCGGCCGUUCACGCGAAGGAAUCGGAACUGCUCGACUUCAUGGAGAAAAUGACGGCAAAAUGUACUCAAUUACAGUCGACAUUGUCCGUCAUUCAAGCCCAGAACGAAGCAAUGAACAAGGAGAACGAGGAAUUGAAGACAAAAUGCAGCGAUCUCGAGUCGGACAACAAAAGAUUGAGUUCGUCCCUGAAGAGCGAAACUCAAGCCAAACGUGUUCAAGAAUCUGAGCUGCAAGGAAAACUGGAGGAAAAAACGAAAGCAGUGCAAGAAUUGGCGACCAGUUUGGAAGACGUAAAGAAUGAUCUCAAGGUGACGAAGAAGAAAAACGCGGCGCAUUUAAAGGAUAUCACAAGACAACUGCAACAGUCCAAAAGGAAAGUUGAUUCUCUGGAGAAGAACUCAAACUCCAAGGAUCGUCUGGAUAGCGAUUCUCGCACGUCGUCCAGCGGUUCACUUGAUAAAGCUGACAAUGUGACGCCACAUUCGUCCAUGAAUAACACCCAUUAUCCUCCUGCGUCCCCUCCUGCUUAUGGUAUCAACAACGGAGGGGUUUCAUUAUACAACUCGAAUGACCUGAUGUCAACAGAAGUGGAAGUAAAAACGAAAUCGUCUCAUAACAAGAUAAGCAAUCAUGAAUUAGACCACGAGAAAUCUAUCAUGUUGUCCAAAAUAUGUGAACUGCAGAAAGUACACGCGAAGAAAUGCGAAAAACUCGAUUUCUUAACGGAGCAUAAUAACACUUUGGUCGACGAAAUAGCGAAAAAAAAUAAAAUUAUUCAAAAUUACAUGAUGAAGGAGGACAGCGGGCAGCUAACAUCCACCGACUAUGAUGAAAAAAAGGCUAAACUCGCGAAGAAUCGUGGCGUAAUGUCGUCAGUGUAUUCCUCGAAGGCCACCGACUCGACGAUGACCCUUGAACUGUCUCUGGAAAUCAACUCAAAACUACAAGCACUUCUCGAAGACACGAUUCUGAAAAAUAUAACUCUGAAAGAGAGUAUCGAAACGCUGGGAGACGAAGUAGCCAGGUUAAGUACAGCUUUAAGCGUGGAGCGGAGCGAGGGUACAAACAGAUAGCAGAGGAUAUAAUGAUUACUAAAGAAAAGUAUAUAAUUUUAGAUUUAUAGUGUCGUGUGUAGGUAACCAACCCCCUUCCGCUUGUCCCAUGAAGCAUGUAAUUAGCAUUCGAAAUCAUUAAUUAUGCAUGCAAGAUGGCGUCGCAUAAUAAUGAGGAGCGUAGGCAAGAGAUUUUGCGUACAAAGAAAAGCAUAAAAAGCCGCGUUCACUUCCCGCAGGCCAACGCAUUCUCGCUCGUUAUGGACCGAAGACAACGCAAUGCCGAACGCGCCCGGUUGAGUCGAAAAGUUCGUCGAGAACGCGAAUUAAAACUGCAGAGAUUUCACGAAUUUGUGAGGGACAACUAUCCGCAGUUAUUUUCUGAAUUCGAGAAGGUUUUCGAAGCAAAGAAGAAAGAUCUCGUACCGUACCAAUACCCGACGGAAACUUUAGCGGAACUAGAGCAUGGCUGUACAGUUGCAAGUGGUGUUUCCAACGAUUACCCUGUCGCUGGCGAGCCAAAAUAUGGAAUCAAGCUGGAUGAUGGGACAGUAUUACACAACGUUGGGUAUAUUACGUUCGAGCAACCGAAAGAACAGUCGUCGCCAGAUGACCAACAGGGUGUCAUAACCUUAGCUGGUUGCAAAGAGGCGCCAAAAACAGAAAGCAGUCGGGUUAUCGAAAUUCUCGAUGACUGAACGGCGGACCACGAAGAAGUGGAAGAUGUCGUGUGCAAUGGUAUCAUCGCUUACGUCGAAUUCACACGAGAGGUCGGAGAGGACAAUCUAUAAUCAAAAAAGUUAGUUAAUUGAACGUGUAUCUGUAUUGAUACGGUUCAUCGGCUUUUGACUGUCAUGCACUUAUUGCUUUUUAAGU